AUGAAAGCACUUGAAAUCUACGAAGAAGCCCUUCCACCAAACCAUCCUGAUUUAGCUGCUUUUUAUAAUAAUAUCGGACUUGUGUAUGAUAAGAUGGGUGAACAUUCAAAAGCACUUGAAUUUCACGAUAAAGCACACAAAAUUUAUGAAACAACCCUGCCUCCAGAUCAUCUUCGCUUGGCUACCACAUACGACAACAUCGGUACAAUCUAUGACAAUAUUGGCGAACUUUCCCAAACACAUAGGUUUCAUGAAAAAGCUUUGACCAGUCAUCAAAAAGUUCUCAUUUCGGAUCAUCCUGAUUUGACUGGAUUGACGGAAAAGACAGAAAAGAAAAAUUUUGAAUAG